AUGCUAGAUAUCGGAUUUAAUCAAAUCGGAGAUGUUGGGGCACAGCAUUUGGGUAACGCAUUACAGCAAAAUACAACACUUAUCACACUGAAUCUCCAAAACAAUCAAAUAGCAACUUCUGGAGCAAAACAUUUGGCUGAUGGGUUAGGACACAAUAAAACUCUAACCACAAUAAAUCUCGCUCAAAACAGUAUCAAAGCUUCUGGGGCAAAACAUUUAGCUGAUGGAUUAAAACAUAACUCGACACUUACCAUACUAAAUCUCGAUAAUAAUAACAUCGGAGAUUUUGGUGCACAGUACUUGGGUGAUGCAUUACGAGACAACAAAGCACUCACCUCAUUAAAACUCUCGAUCAAUGAAAUCGGAGAUGAUGGCGCAAAACAUUUGGGUGAUGCAUUACGACACAACACAACGCUAACCACAUUAAAUCUCUCGACCAAUCAAAUCGAAGCUGAUGGGGCAGCACAUUUGGGUAAAGCAUUACAACACAACACAGCACUUACUACACUUAAUCUCGAUUCUAAUCAAAUCGGAGAUAUCGGAGCACGACAUUUUGCUAAUGCAUUGCGACACAACACAACACUCACUACAAUAAGUCUUGAAUCUAAUGACAUUGAAGAUGAUGCAGCACAAUAUUUGGCUGACGCAUUACAACACAACACAACGCUCACAACACUAAAACUCGGAUCUAAUGGUAUCGGAGAGGUUACAGCACAACAUUUGGCUGAUGCAUUACGACAGAACACAACGCUUACCACACUAAGUCUUUAUAAUGAGCGAAUCGGAAAUGUUGGAGCACAACAUUUAGCUGAUGCAUUACGGCACAAUACAACACUCACAACACUAAAUGUCGGUUCUAAUGAAAUCGGAGACGCUGGAACACAAUAUUUAGCUGAUGCAUUAUGGCACAACUCAACACUUACAACAAUAAAUCUCGCUUCUAAUGAAAUCAAAGCUGUUGGAGCACAAUAUUUAGCUGAUGCGUUACGACACAAUUCAACACUCACCACUCUAGAACUUUACAGAAAUGAAAUCGGAGCAGCUGGGGCACGAUAUUUGGGAGAUGCAUUACAACACAGCUCGACACUCACUACACUAAGUCUCGAGAAUAAUGAAAUCGAAGAGGAGACGAUGAAUAAAAUCAAUGAAUUAGUUAAACGUAACGAAAGGAAAAGAAAACUGUGA